AGCUUGUUUGAGCACCAAAGCUGAAAUUUGAAGCCGUCUUCUAGACGGCGUCUUGCCUGUAACAGAAACGUAAUCCAAUAAACUGCGUCAUUCAAAAUGGAACACCAGGAAGAUAUCUCACAGCUAGCUGAUGACGAAGAAAUUAAUCAAAAACCUCUUCUUGGAACUACUAGUUUACCCACAUCCUCCGAAAACGCAGAAGACCCACUAUUCAAAUGCACUGCUUGCGACAAAGGAUUCACCAAAAAAAAAUAUUUAAUGCGGCACACUAACGUCGUCCACAGUGACAAACGGCAGCCGCAGGUUUGCGAUAUCUGUGGGAAGGAAUUCAUGGGAUCGGGCUCAGUACAACAACACAAGCUGACACACAAAGGCGAACGUUUACACAAGUGUGAAACGUGCGGCAAAUGUUUCAACGAUAAAAGAACGCUAGCAAACCACAAGCUAACUCAUACGGAUGACCAGCCACAUAAAUGUGAUAUAUGCGGCAAAGGAUUCUAUCACAGUAGCUUUCUGGACAACCACCGCCGAAUACACACCGGUGAACGGCCCAUCAAAUGUGGAAUCUGUGGCGAAACGUUUAAGCAACGCGGUCACCUACGAUGUCACAUGAAUGUCCAUAGCAGUGAAAAACCUUUUGUAUGUCCAGUAUGCGGAAAAGAUUUUCGCGCUAAAUACAACAUGGAAAUUCACCAGCGGAAGCACUCGGAUGAGCGGCCAUUCAAAUGUGAAAUAUGUGGCAAAGGUUAUGUUCUAAUGGAUCGCUUAUCGCGACACCUAAGGACCCAUGUUCAGGAAAGACCUCACCAGUGCGACAUCUGCGGGAGUGGCUUUAGGGAACGAACUCAACUGAAUCGACACGAGAGGCUUCACCAUGAAAUAAGCGAGCAAAUGGUGGUGAUUACGCCCAAACUUGAGAGCACUCCAGAGGAGGACCCAUUGUAUAUACCAUUGCAUGCACUCAAACAGGAGGAAAAUGAAGUCGCUACUUUUUCCUACAACUUGAAUCCCUAUGAUGUAAAGCCCUUCAAUGAACACGGUGCAGUCAACACUUCUGAGCUGCCGGUCAAAAUACCACCGAUCACAAUCCCUCCGCAUCUUCUGCCUGAUGAUGAAAGCUUCCCAGAGGGUACUAACCAGGACAGCCCCGAACAGGAAACAAGUAACAAACAAAACCCAGCGAAGUUAAACAAACCAAAGGAAUGUAAUAUAUGUGGCAGACGAUUUCAAAACAACAUGACGCUAGGGUUUCAUAAACUAAAACACACCAACGAGAAGAAACACGAGUGUGAAACUUGUGGCAGAAAGUUUUUCACAAGGCACGAGUUAACGGUUCACCUACGGUGUCACACCGGUGAACGACCUCACGUUUGUGGCACUUGUGGCAAAGGAUUUACCCAAAAUUGUCACCUGAUUGCCCACGUGCGCAGCCACACCGGAGAAAGACCGUACAAAUGUGAUGUUUGUGACAAGCAAUUUAUGCUGAAAACACACCUCAAGCAGCAUAGUCGGGGACACACGGGAGAAAAACCACACAAAUGCGACAUUUGUGGCAAAGAGUAUGGUCGAAUGAACGACUUGAUGAAGCACCGCCGGGGACACACGGGAGAGAAACCAUUCAACUGUGAUGUGUGCGGCAAAUCAUUCACGGGAAGUAAUUAUCUAGCCCGGCACAAGCGAACGCACAGCGGUGAGAAGCCGUUCCGCUGCGAUCUGUGCGAUAAGCAAUUUCUAACCCUUCGGCAGAUGACCAGUCACCGGGUACGGCACACCGACGAGCGACGCUAUCGGUGCGAGAUUUGCGAUAAACAUUUUUUCACCGCCCACGAGGUGACGCUUCACAUGCGUUCGCACACGGGCGAGAGACCGCACAAGUGCGAUUUGUGCGGUAAAGAUUUCGCUCAGGGCAGUCAUCUGAGGGCCCAUCGACUGACUCAUGACGGCCGGCGGAGUAAGAAGGUUCAACCGCCACCGGUGCCAGUGUUUGAUGUUACGGCAGAGAUACCUGAUUGA